UUUGUCUAUAAAUACAAGUCUCAAACGUAGCCUGUCUGUACCUGUGUUGAGUAAUCACAAGCUUAAGAGAGCCGUGCACUUUUUAAGAUUUAGAGACAUGGACACCUUCCUAUUUACGUCCGAGUCAGUGAAUGAGGGUCACCCUGACAAGCUGUGCGAUCAGGUUUCUGAUGCAGUGCUUGAUGCCUGCCUCGAACAGGACCCUGAAAGCAAAGUUGCGUGCGAGACUUGCACCAAGACCAAUAUGGUCAUGGUUUUUGGGGAGAUCACUACCAAAGCUAAGGUAGACUAUGAGAAGAUUGUGCGUGAUACUUGCCGUAACAUUGGAUUUGUCUCCGAUGAUGUGGGUCUUGAUGCUGACAAGUGCAAAGUCUUAGUUAACAUCGAGCAGCAGAGCCCUGAUAUUGCUCAGGGUGUUCACGGUCAUCUUACCAAGCGCCCUGAGGAGAUUGGUGCUGGUGAUCAGGGUCACAUGUUUGGAUAUGCCACCGAUGAGACCCCUGAGUUAAUGCCACUUAGCCAUGUCCUUGCAACCAAGCUUGGAGCCCGCCUCACUGAAGUUCGCAAAAAUGGAAUUUGCCCAUGGUUGAGGCCUGAUGGCAAAACUCAAGUCACUGUUGAGUAUCAGAAUGACAAUGGUGCCAUGGUUCCAAUUCGUGUCCACACUGUUCUCAUUUCCACACAGCAUGAUGAAACUGUCACUAAUGAUGAGAUUGCUGCAGACCUCAAAGAGCAUGUUAUCAAGCCAGUCAUCCCCGACAAGUACCUUGACGAGAAGACAAUCUUCCAUCUCAACCCAUCAGGGCGUUUUGUCAUCGGUGGUCCUCAUGGUGACGCCGGUCUCACUGGCCGCAAAAUCAUCAUAGACACCUAUGGUGGUUGGGGAGCUCAUGGUGGUGGUGCCUUCUCUGGCAAGGACCCUACUAAGGUAGACAGAAGUGGUGCCUACAUUGUUAGGCAGGCUGCCAAGAGCAUUGUGGCAAAUGGUCUUGCUCGCAGGUGUAUUGUCCAGGUCUCAUAUGCAAUUGGUGUGCCUGAACCAUUGUCUGUGUUUGUUGACACAUAUGGGACUGGAAAGAUCUCAGACAAGGAAAUUCUGAAGAUUGUGAAGGAAAACUUUGAUUUCAGGCCCGGUAUGAUAUCCAUUAACUUGGAUCUCAAGAGGGGUGGCAAUGGCAGGUUCCUGAAGACUGCUGCAUAUGGACACUUUGGAAGAGAUGAUCCUGACUUCACAUGGGAGGUAGUGAAGCCGCUUAAGUGGGAGAAACCUCAAGACUAAACUUUUCUUGAUUUGUUCAAUCAACAAUGCGUUUAUUCUUGGCAGCUGCUCUCUAAGUGAUGUCUUGUUGGUCGUCUGUGUUUCUCCGAGAGUGUCCUUCUUUGAGUUCCGUUUUACUCAUUAUUGUUUUUAUACCAUUUUUCCAUAUACAAAAGAAUAUAUACAAGUACUCCCAAGUCUGAGUCGAUGAAAAUUUGAGGAGGAGCAGCCUGGUUGCCUGUAUACCUGAUGUGCUGAAAACAUAUGGAUAGAAUGCAAGAGAUGAUCUGCUGCAGAGCUGUUUUUUAAUAUAUCGAAUGCAUUUGCUUGUUGAGACAAUGAAAUUUGAUUAUCGAUUCCAUUUGCUUCUUCUACUGCCAAGUUCGUUUAAUGGAAGAGUCCUGACAUUUGAAUGAA